AUGAACGAAGACAAUCGAAAAGGUCCAUUUGUCAUCGAGCCAAAAUACGAUUGUCCUCAUUUGGGUGAUCGUGCCUACGUAUUGGUUCAGUCGACUGAACUUGCUGAUGGUCAACAGCCACCAUGUGCUGAUUGUGGUAAAACGGAAGAGAACUGGGCAUGUCUACAUGAUAAUUGUCAAUAUAUUGGCUGCUCUCGUUAUCAUCAAAAACAUAUGUUGAAUCAUCAUGAAACAACUGGACAUAACAUUUGUUUGAGUUUGUCGGAUCAUUCAGUCUUUUGCUAUGCAUGUGAUAGCUACAUUGAUAGUCCUCAACUGCAUACUCUUAAUCGACAAUUAAGCCGUACUUCUCACUAA